CUUCAGGCUCUCGCGGGGCUGCUGUGCGAAGAUGGCGGCCGAACUGGUAGAAGCAAUGAACAUGGUGAAGAGUUUCCGGGUGUCUGACCUGCAGACGCUGCUGGCCUCCAUGGGCCGCAGUAAAAGUGGGUUGAAGCAAGAUUUAGUGGGGCGAGCGCUUAGGCUUGUGCAAACUGAGUACAGUCCAGAGCUGCUAAAAAAUGUCAGACAACUCUAUGAGACGCGCUUCCCAAAAGCAUCAGCCUGGCUGACUGCCCGACGUCCUGAUGCUGUACCCGUAACCUACCCUGCCCUCAACUCUUCACCCAGAGCAACAGCCCAGGGCACAGACUACCUCAACGGCAUCCCCAAACCAACACCUUCUUCAGCCGAAGUCAAACUGGUGCCGCUGCCGUUCUACCACAACCUAGAAACACUGCUGCCACCCACAGAACUAAUCGCUCAGAACAGUGAAAAGCUACAAGAGAGUCAACGUGUUUUCGAAUUGACACCAAGCCAAGUGGAACAGAUUCGGAAUUCCAGUGAACUUCGCCCAGGGAUGAAAUCUGUUCAGGUUGUUCUCAGAAUCUGCUACACAGACUCUAUCGGUGUUCAGGAGGACCAGUAUCCUCCCAAUAUUGCUGUGAAAGUGAAUCAGUCCUACUGUCAUGUGCCGGGUUACUACCCCUCCAACAAACCAGGUGUUGAGCCACGUCGGCCCUGUCGACCUGUCAACAUAACGCCCUGGUUACACCUUUCCUCUGUCACUAACAGAGUCACUAUCACAUGGGGCAACUUUGGAAAGAGGUACUCUGUUGCGGUGUACCUGGUGAGGGUGUUCACAUCUGAAGAGCUCUUCAACCAGCUGAAACACUGUUCAGUUGAGAGUCCUGAGCGUUGUCGUGAACGUAUUCAGGACAAGCUGCGCUUUGAUCCUGAGAGUGAGAUUGCCACUACAGGACUGCGAGUGUCCCUCAUUUGCCCUCUGGUGAAGAUGAGGCUGGGAGUGCCGUGUCGGGUCCUCACGUGUGCCCACCUACAGUGUUUUGAUGCAGUCUUCUUCCUGCAAAUGAAUGAAAAGAAACCCACAUGGACCUGCCCUGUAUGCGACAAACCUGCGCCCUUUGAGCUUCUUACUAUUGAUGGGUUGUUAUCUGAGAUCCUUAAAGAGACGCCAGAGGAUGUAGAGGAGAUUGAAUAUUUAACUGAUGGCUCAUGGAGGCCAAUAAGGGAUGAAAAAGAGAAGGAAAGAGAGCGAGAAAACAGCUGCACACCCGACUAUCCAGUGUUGGAUAUAAGUGUUCCUGAGGUGAACGGCCACUCCCCAGCACACAGUGGCUCGAACCAGACCGGGAAGUCUGGAUCGGGUGGCUCGUCGGCAGGAACCAGCAGCGGGUCAGGAGGUGCGGCAGUGGUGGACCUGACUCUGGACGACUCAUCAGAUGAGGAAGCGGGGGGAGGGGCCGAGGACAGCGAAGACACAGACGACAGCCAGGACAGCCCAGCCCCAAAGAGGGGAAGAUACGAUUAUGACAAAGACUUGGUCACCGCGUACUGAGACUGGACAGGAUGCUUAGACUUGUUUGUGGGGUGGGGUGGGGGGUGUAGAUGGGAUCUGAGCCUUGGAUUUUCAAGAAAUGUGUCCCUAUGUCUUCUGAAAGCAUACACAUUCAUGCACGCACACACAUGCACUGCUGACCUCUGGAGCACUGGGGCAUCAUCUUGACACCCGUGGAAUAUCCAUAGAUGCCCCGUAAAGCCAUUCCCUGUCAUUCACUAAUCUUAAUGAAUUCUCCCUUUAAAGACCAUGGAAAAGUAACACCAUAUUCAAUUCUUAUUCUCUCAUCUUCUAUUUCCAUUCUACUUUGUGUUUGGAGUAAAUCACUUGGCUAUUACAAUGUUAUGCUCUUACCGUUUUUGUUAUAUAAGGAGCUGUCCCAGACACUCUUUCAGGUUUCGCUAAAUAUUGUAGAAUCAAAGCAGAAAUGGCAUACAAGUCAAACCAUACAUAUAUAUAUUUUUUUAUGUUCAUUCUGACAGUAGAAAUGAAACGACCGCACAAUUCUGUAAUUUUUUUUUUUAAAGAGUUUUCUGUUAGUCCUCAGAUCUCAUCAUAAGUUUAUAUUAGAUUUCAUUGUGAUUUGGUGACAUACUGAAGAUUUUUCAUCUCCUCAUGUCCCUUUUUUGUUUUAAUUUGUACACAGAAGUUGACAAGCUACCUCAGUCUAAAAGCAGACUUCACCAGAGGAUUAUUGAAAGGGGGAUGAGUUCUUAAGCAUGAUUUUUUUUUUUUUCUUCAAUCCCCUUUUUCUUUUUUUUCUUUCAAAAUGCAGCAACACUGGAGAGGAUCAAGCAUUGCUCAUUACUUUGCGGUUGCCCCAUUACCCAUCAUAUUAAAAACAAUUCUGUCUUGAGCGAUGUGUUUCCAGUCAAGUCUGUGACAACAGCGGUCAACAGCAACACCCAGUGGUGUACUAUGCAUUGCGGUUUGAGCCCAAGGCCUUGGCUGAUUGUGGUGCACUUGUCACAAAUCAAUCCUAACAACUGAGACCUUCAGAGGGAAUGAUGUUUUGACAGUGAUGGUCCUUUUGUGCAAGUAAAUAUUGUACGAUAGAUAAUGUAAUGAUGAUGAUGUAUUAUUUCUGAAGAUUUAUUCGAAUAUCGCAGGUCUCAUGUCAAUGUCAUUUUAUUCCUUUCAGUUUUUAUUGCUCAGUAAAGGCUGCUAAAGUAUCACAGAGGUCACAGCAUGACUGGUUAAUAUUAGGUUUAUUUAGCAUCGGAGCUGCUGUUGGCAUAAUACCAGAAAUAUAUAUAUAUUUUUUUUUACUUUUCCUUUAACUCCGAAAACGAAGUAACUUGCAGUCUUUUCAGUUCACUUGGUUUUGCUGUUUGACUUGUUUCUUUUAAGAUUAAUGGCUGAUUUGCAUAAUGUCUUGUGGACUUUGGUGUUCAUGACAAGUGUAAUUCUUAAAGAUAUGUUAAUUUGAUGUGAGUGAGUAUUUAUUGGUUUAACCAUUUUUCCUCUCCUUAUUUGAAUAGCGUUUGGUAUUAUUUGUGCGUUAUGAGGCAUUUGGCAGCAAUUUCACACUUUUCAAAGGUUCUUUUCUAGGUGCUGAGAUAGUUUGGUUUGAGGCUGGUUUCUGUCAACUGAGUUUUUAUGUUUAUGGCUAGAUGAGCUGUGUCCUCGCAGCCUACUGUUGUCAAAGCACAUUCAACCAUUUGCAACAGUCCGAACACAAGGGGUUUAGGCAGGUCAAUGCAGACUUGACCUAAACCUAAACAAAUCCCCACAAACAUAAAAAGAACUUGCGCUUAAAUACCAAACACAAAUGGCACAUCCAGGUGGCUCAUCUGUUGCAGAGGACACUGGGAUUACGGGUUAGUAAUACUUUACAUCAUCUUCUCAGUCAGAUGAUGCUCAAAUCAGGAUCAACCAGAACAGUGCGUACAAUAUUACAUUUACCAUCAGGUUCGAGAAAGAAAUCUUGACUGCUUAGAUCUGAAAAUUUAGUGGUGUUUUGUUUUGAGAGCAUGCAAAACGAGUGUAUUUUUGAAUAGCAAAAGUAUAUUUCUCCCAAGGUUUCAGAUAAAACCACUGCACUGAUGCUCCACUGGCAAUUUUGAUUAUAGUAGCCCCCUCAAUUAAACUGAGAGCAUGCAAAACGAGUGUAUUUUUGAAUAGCAAAAGUAUAUUUCUCCCAAGGUUUCAGAUAAAACCACUGCACUGAUGCUCCACUGGCAAUUUUGAUUAUAGUA